GGAGAGAAGAGUUGUUCAGCUGAAAAUAAUACAUUUGUAUACCUCCUGCAGGAGCUGCAGAUGGAGGAAGAUGCUGCUGCAGGACCAGCAGUCAUCCUCAGUGGAAACGGGAGCCUGCUGAACUCUGUGGAGGGCAAGCUCAAUAAAAGUGUAAAAGACUCCAUGCUGCGGCCCGGCCAUCCUCAUGAAGACCCUCUCACUCAGUUGUUUCCUCGCAGGUGCACCUGAGUCUAUGUGAUGAACAAUGCUCUGAUCUCCAUUUCAGGUAAAGCCUCUCAGCUGUACUGCCACAGUCUGGCUGGUCUGUUUGAACAGACUCGACAGAAACAGAGAAUGACCGUUUCCAUCUCGACUCGCCAUCUGCCCGACCGCAUCCUGCCCCGGAAGUUUUCCAUCUCCAAUAAGAUUCCCGAUACCAAAGGCUGUCUAAAAUGCUGCGUUGUGAGAAAUCCCUACACCGGUCAUAAGUACCUGUGUGGAGCAUUCCAAUCAGGUGUGGUCCUGCUGGAGUGGGUGGAGCCUAUGCAGAAGUUCAUGCUGGUUAAGAACGUAGACUUCCAGCCUCUGUGUCCUCUGGAGGUUUUGGAGCUGCUGGUUGUACCCGAGCAGCCAUACCCUCUGAUCUGUGUUGGCCUAAGCAAAGGAACCCAACCCAACCAGCCCGUUAGUUUCCAAACCCUCGACCCCAACUCCUCCUGCCCCACCCCACCUGACACAGAUACAACUCUCCCUGACUCAGGUAUACGUCAUGACUCAGGUACAACUCCUCCUGACUCAGGUAUACGUCAUGACUCAGGUACAACUCCUCCUGACUCGGGUAUACGUCAUGACUCAGGUACAACUCCUCCUGACUCAGGUAUACGUCAUGACUCAGGUACAACUCCUCCUGACUCGGGUAUACGUCAUGACUCAGGUACAACUCCUCCUGACUCGGGUAUACGUCAUGACUCAGAUACAACUCCUCCUGACUCGGGUAUACAUCAUGACUCAGGUACAACUCUCCCUGACACGGGUAUACGUCAUGACUCAGGUACAACUCCUCCUGACUCGGGUAUACGUCAUGACUCAGGUACAACUCUCCCUGACACGGGUAUACGUCAUGACUCAGGUACAACUCCUCCUGACUCGGGUAUACGUCAUGACUCAGGUACAACUCCUCCUGACUCGGGUAUACGUCAUGACUCAGAUACAACUCCUCCUGACUCGGGUAUACAUCAUGACUCAGGUACAACUCUCCCUGACACGGGUAUACGUCAUGACUCAGGUACAACUCCUCCUGACUCGGGUAUACGUCAUGACUCAGGUACAACUCUCCCUGACACGGGUAUACGUCAUGACUCAGGUACAACUCCUCCUGACUCAGGUAUACGUCAUGACUCAGGUACAACUCCUCCUGACUCAGGUAUACGUCAUGACUCAGGUACAACUCUCCCUGACUCGGGUAUACGUCAUGACUCAGGUACAACUCCUCCUGACUCAGGUAUACGUCAUGACUCAGGUACAACUCCUCCUGACUCGGCUAUACGUCAUUACUCAGGUACAACUCCUCCUGACUCAGGUAUACGUCAUUACUCAGGUACAACUCCUCCUGACUCGGGUAUACGUCAUGACUCAGGUACAACUCCUCCUGACUCGGGUAUACGUCAUUACUCAGGUACAACUCCUCCUGACUCGGGUAUACGUCAUGACUCAAGUACAACUCCUCCUGACUCAGGUACACGUCAUGACUCAGGUACAACUCUCCCUGACUCGGGUAUACGUCAUGACUCAGGUACAACUCCUCCUGACUCAGGUAUACGUCAUGACUCAGGUACAACUCCUCCUGACUCGGCUAUACGUCAUUACUCAGGUACAACUCCUCCUGACUCAGGUAUACGUCAUUACUCAGGUACAACUCCUCCUGACUCGGGUAUACGUCAUGACUCAGGUACAACUCCUCCUGACUCGGGUAUACGUCAUGACUCAGGUACAACUCUCCCUGACUCGGGUAUACGUCAUGACUCAGGUACAACUCCUCCUGACUCGGGUAUACGUCAUGACUCAGGUACAACUCUCCCUGACUCGGGUAUACGUCAUGACUCAGGUACAACUCUCCCUGACUCAGGUAUACGUCAUGACUCAAGUACAACUCCUCCUGACUCGGGUAUACGUCAUGACUCAAGUACAACUCCUCCUGACUCAGAAAAACCCCAGAGUUGUGUAAUCCACAUCACUCAUCUGGAGAGGGACACCGUCCUGGUCUGUCUGGACCGUUGUAUAGAGAUCGUAAACCUUGAGGGUAAGCAGAAGUUCAGUAAGAAGCUGUCACCUGAGCUUACCUUCAACUUCCAGAUAGAGUCGAUUGGUAAACUGUCUGCUUUCUUCAGUGAGCCACGGAAUGCCAUUCAGUGGGCUGUGAAAGUUGGUUCUUUAUUCAUCCAAAUGAUCUGAGGAAUUCACAUAAAUAAAAAACAUCAAAUUAAAGUGCAUGAUUUCAAUGACCAGUUGCAUUUAAAUACCACCACGUCAGCUAUGACACA